CCACCAUUUGUUAUCAAAGAGUAAAACGGGAAUAAGGAAGUCAACAAUGUCAGUGAGUGUUUGGUUGGUAUUUAACUCUACAUGUUUGAGAGGUGUGCUGUAAAAGAAGGAGGAAGUCCCCGAGCAAAAAAAAGGGAACAUACAGUCUCACACAGUCAAACAGGUAAGCUAGUCACUCGGACUCCACCCGAGGAGCUCAAAAGCAGCACCUGCGUGUGGAGUUUUCUUCAUAACUUUCUUUGUUAGCGUGCUGCAUCUGCAACCGGUGAACCACACUGCAUCCGUGGAUCCCAAAAUUAGUCAAAAUCAGAGUUCUUAGUUUGUGAUUUUCUCACUCAAGUACCGAUGGAUCCCUCACUCCUCCGGAAUCCGGCUUUCAAUUCACCUGUUGUGGACUCUUUAUCUGAUAUGCCAAGUCAGAGACACACUGAGAAGAACCUGAAAUUCAUCUGUGAGUUCAAAAAUGGGUCGGGUCCACAGCAGGCGUCUGGCAAAGAGGAUUACAACUUCAAUACCGCGAGUGAGUCAGUGUCGGUCAUACUCCCCGACCAGUGCACUGUCUAUCAGCUGCGGCUUGGCAUUGGUAUGCAGGCACAGGAACGAAAUUGCCACCCAAACCCACUUGCAGUGUUGGACCCGGAGCGAUACACUCUGCUAUAUGCCAGGGGGGGCGACUGGUACGAGGCCUACGAUGACUGUCAGGUCAUCAGGACGUUGGACAUUCCAUGGUCCUGUGACCACACCGGCCGUCGUUCGGCGCAUAUUGUGGUAAAACCGCUGAUGACGAUGAACUUGGAGGACAAGAAGAAACAGCAGAGUGUUCUGGCGUACCUGAUUGGACACGACCUGGAUACAGAAGCGUCCGACAGACUCGGCGAGCUCAAGUUCACCAGAAGGAAACUGGCAUCUUCAAGAAGACAGGAGCUAAGGGUCCGGGACCACGAGUUGUAUGCCACAGAGCCUUGGAUAACAAGUGCCGAUAUUCCAAGUGACCUUCAGGGCCAGCUCAACAGAAAGCUCCCGGUCACCUUCCAUUACAUGAGCAAGAUCAGCUUUAGCAUAGAGGUUGACUUUAGUGCAACGCCAAGGGUUCUUCUCACAUUUUUUGGAAGGGUGGCGGCAGACCAUGGGCUAGAUUAUGACACUUUGGACAGAUUGGUGUUGAAAGUCUCUGGGAGAGAAGAGUUUCUAUCUGGAGAACACCCCCUGAGCGAUUUCCUCUGGGUUCGACAGUGCCUGAAAAGCAACCAAGACCUCCACCUGUCCGUGGUCCACUUGUCGCAGCUCGCCGACGAGGCUGUCAAGUUUGUGGACUGGCCUCUUGUUGAUGGUUUCAGUGGUCAGUUCUGCUCCCACGACGAUCUCCGCUUCGAAGGGAAGGAUGUGGACGACAUCUUCAUGAUAUCCUUGUGGGACUGCAACAGGAGGCUCCGAGUGAAAUUGCUUGGCUUCGACAUCCCAAACCUUCCAAGCAAAUGCCCUCAGUAUGUUUACGUGAAAGCCUCCAUACUCUAUGGCAACAAGGUUCUAUCUUCGGUUUCCUCCCUUCCCAAGGCUUUCGAAGAGGAAGUGCUGUGGAAUGAGUGGCUGGAGUUCGAUGUUCUCCUCAGGGAUCUGCCACGUGGAGCCAAGCUAGCUCUCACUAUUAAUGCUAGUCAUGGUGACAUCCCCCCAGAAACCAAAGACUCAAAGUCAUCAUCGUCUUCAUUCACUAAAGCCCCGGACCUGCAUAAAGGAAUGGGAAAUGUGCUUUACUUUGUCAAUCUUCUCCUCAUUGACCACAGGUCGUUGCUCAGCCAGGGCCCUUAUACCAUGCACAUGUGGUCCUACCCUGACGUGGAAGAAGAAGCCAUCACCUACGAGGCCGACAAGCUGUCCUCUGCCACUAACCCAGACAUAGCAGACUCCAUGGCUAUCAGCUUCCUUCUCGAUCGCUACAGCUUCCCUGUGGUUCUACCAAACAGCUUCUGCACGUCUGAACGCUCCUGCAGUUCUUCCGCCAGCCUCCCUCCGACCAAAUCUUCCACCUCCCCUAAUGCUGCCUCCCCCACCUCACCCCCUUUGAACUCACCUGGCACAAUUUCUUCUUCUCUACAUGCGAAACAUCGCCAGGACUCAUCGACAAACACUGUAAUUCUCAGAUACCCAUCUUCAGUCACCAACACCAACAUGUCUUGCCUCAAAAGGUUCCGGGAGGAGAGCAUCCGCUACGGCACCAAUUUACCCCAAUAUCUGCGCAAUGUUGAUUGGAUGGACCGCAGUGUGGUGGAGGAUGUCCACUGGCUACUGGGAAACUGGGAUCCUGGGGAGUUGGAUGUGACAGUAGCACUGGAGCUUCUGAGUAUGGAUUUUUCUGACAGGAUGGUCAGGAGACUGGCAGUGCAGAGAUUGGAGCGCCUGUCCAAUGACGAUGUAUUAAUGUAUUUGCUCCAGCUGGUGCAGACCCUUAAAGUGGAACCGUAUCAUGACAGUUUCCUCGCUCGGUACCUCAUCCAAAGAGCUCUGCGGAGCAAGCGAAUCGGCCACUUCUUCUUCUGGUACGUCCGCAGUGAGGUGGCAGGCGGCCUGUACUUCCGCCAGCGCAUGGCUGUGAUUCUGGAGGCCUACCUGCUGGGCUGUGGUCAGGCCAUGCUCGACAGCUUCACCCAGCAGGUCCAGGCUGUGGAGGCCCUGCAGGAGGUCGCUAUAACCAUUAAGAAUUUCUACCCUGACAAGACCGACCUUCCUCCUACAGCUCCUCUGAAGCUCAGAGAGCUUCUAAAACAAAGUAAUCUGCCGAAUGAAUUUCUGCUGCCCUUUGACCCCCGAAUUAAAGCCGGAAGGAUCCUGCUGGACAAAUGCAAGGUGAUGGCCUCCAAGAAGAAGCCUCUAUGGCUGGAGUUCUCUCCCAUGCCGUCACCCACCUCUGCCACACCAGUGGGAAUAAUCUUCAAAGAGGGGGACGACCUCAGACAGGACAUGCUGGUUAUUCAGACACUGGUGGUGAUGGACUCUAUCUGGCAGAAGAAAGAUCUGGACCUUAACCUUGUUCCGUAUGGCUGCAUCUCCACAGGACACAACAUUGGUAUGAUUGAGAUUGUGAGGAAUGCUGUGACCAUCGCUGCUGUCCAUUGGAGCCAGGGAGGCACCUCAGCAGCCUUCAAGAACGAUGCUCUAUUUGAGUGGCUCAAGUCCAAAGGUCCACUUCAGGAAAUACACUACAAGACCGUGGAGAGGUUCGUGCAGUCCUGUGCGGGCUACUGUGUGGCCACGUAUGUGUUGGGUAUAGGAGAUCGACACAAUGACAACAUCAUGAUCACAGACCAAGGGAACCUGUUUCACAUCGACUUCGGUCACAUCUUGGGUAAUAGGAAGCACUUCCUCGGCAUGAAGAGGGAGCGUGUGCCAUUCGUCCUCACGCCGGACUUCCUGCAUGUCAUGGGCGGGGGCAAAAGCCGCAACAGCCUCUACUUUCAGCGCUUCAGGGACAUUUGCACCGAAGCUUACCUCUCCCUGCGCUCGCACUCUCGAAUGCUGGUCACCCUUUUCUCCCUCAUGCUGUUGACGGGCAUCCCUGAGCUGAGCGCUGCAGAGGACAUGCGUUACCUGCGGGAGGCGCUCCAGGAGGAACAAAGUGAGGCAGAGGCCAAGGAGCAUUUCCUCCAGAAAAUCGAUCUGUGUGAACACCUGGGCUGGACUGUACAGGCCAACUGGUGGAUCCACAUGGUGGCAGGCAUCAAGUAGAUUGUUGGGGUUUGAAUCAUGCUGCCUCAGGGGGGAUCUAUGUUUAUAGGGGGGUCUAUAUAUAGCUUAUAUGCUUUCAUUUUGUGGGUGAUUUCAUUGUUUAUUUUUAUGUAGUUUUUCUAUAUUCACAUACUAAAAUAUGCUCCUCCACAAUCCUAAAGAGGAUUAAUCAAUAUCAAUAUCAAUCACGCCUGGCUCACCUGAAACACGCCUCAAUACCUGUAAAGGUAUGGAGAAAUACGCCUGCCAUCCAACGGCAAUCACCUCCAUUGUCGCUUUGUUGAAAUAUAAACUUGAGGGAGUGCCCAUAUUUUUAUUAAUGAAAAAAUACGCUUUAAACUGCUAACAUUUGCUUUUUGUUUGGUACUCUCACAUGAGUCACACUGCUAAUGAAGAUGGAGUGCUCUUAGAAGGCCAGAAACCCACCAAACUCAGCAAAGCUGCUGGCCUCCAUCCAUUUCUAAGACAGGCACUAAAUCCCUCUUGGGGAGUGUAAUAAAUACAGCGACCCCUAUAUGCACUUGGAUGAACAACUAUCUUAAGCCACAGAUUUGUUCAGUGGUGUAAAUUGGAACUUUUUUCAUGUCUGACAUCGCCGAACCAAAUCAGAAACGACUUUGGUGAUUCGCCGUCUAGGCGCCAAAUACCCUUUUAUAUUUGUUAUCCUGGUAUGUCUACCAGUAAGACUCGAUAAUAAGGGGAAGUCCACAUGGUACACUACUUGACUUGUUAGACCACUAAGUACUAAAGUAGUCUCUCUCUUUGUCCAUGUCUCAUUUUACAUAUCUUUCAUGUGACAGAUAUAACUAUGUCAUUGAUGAUAUGAUUAGUUCCCAGAUAUGACAUUAAUUCACGGCUGCUGUAUUGAGGCAGUGGUUGAACCACAAAUGUUCUCCCAUAAAACGAACCCACACCACGACUUGAGCCAUCAAACUAAUCAAGAAACCAACAUUUGGUUUUUGAAUUUAAACAAAAACUAUUUUAUUGGAAUGUUGUCAGUAUAAACACAUACAGUAUAUAUUUGACAAACACAAGAAACAAGAAAAUAUAAUAAUACAUAUAGUAAAAAGUAAAAGUAAAGUAAUUUAAAUAAAUACAAAUUGAAAAUGGUUCCCUUUUAAUGUUGUUUUGUAAAGCAUGUGGAUGGUGACAAGAAACAGUCUGACUUCAUUUGUGUUCAUAUCCUCAAAAGUUCUAUCAAUGCAUUGAAUAAAACCCGCUGAGACAUAA